UUUAUUUUCCAAACUUAGAAUUUCGAAAAGGAAAUUCCAGAUAAUGAGUGAAGUUAUUGUUUCUUCAUUUCAUGCUUUUAGAGCUGAAAAUUUCAGCAAUGGAAAAGGGCAAGUGAAGCUGAAGAAACCCGAAUUCCAAUGCCACGCAAAUAUCAAGUCCAAAGCACACAAAUACUUGAUCAGAAAUGAGUUAGCAGCUACAUAUUCUGCAAGAAUUUCCACUGAUAUCCCUCUUUAUGAGAUUCCUGGGGCUUUGUUUGAUGAAUAUUUGGAGGAUAAACCCAGAAUUUUUAAGGCAAUGUUUCCUGACCAAGAUAGGAGCCAACAGCUUAAUCAGGAUGAAUGGAGAAUUCGGAUGUUGCCUCUGCAGUUAUUGGUUCUAAAUGUAUGGCCGGUAGUGGACUUAAGGUUGAGAUGCAAAUCAGGAGGUAGAGAUUACCCACCGGAAGUCCCUCACGAUAUCACAAAAGUUCUCGAGCUCGACAUUACAAGAUGGGAGCUUCAAGGGCUUGAUAACGUUGUUGAUCCAUCUCAUUUCACACUUGUUGUGAAAGGAACAUUAUACCCUGAUAGAAGAAGACAUAGAAGCCGGCUUAAGGGUCAUUUAGAGAUGCACGUAAAAUUCAUCCUUCCUCCUGCACUCGCUCUGGUUCCUGAAAAUAUUCGUGACGGUCUCGGAAAAGGGGUAAUGACAAAGCUGGUUGAGAGCAUGAAGCAGAAAGUAGACGGUAGCUUGCUCGCGGAUUAUAGCAAAUUCAAGAGGGAGAGAUCCGCCAAAUCUUCAGCAAACUGGAAAGAGACACAGUAAAAAUACUGUUGCAUUGCCAUUUUAAGGUGUGAGAAAAAUAAGAACCUAUAAAGUUAGAGGAAGUCUAACACCAUUGUUGUUUGGGGAUACUGAUUUAUUAUUAUUUAUUUGGAAUAUCUGACUUGUAGGGAUAUUAUUGAUAAUUGAUAAAUAUAAUUGAAAAGAAUGAAUAAAAAUUGGA